GCACUUGUGAUCGGAGGCGCAGCGGUGCAGGACAGUAGAGCAGAGCAAAGAGGAGAGAGAGGAGCAGUGUGUCCAUCCGUCAACCAGCUGGAGGAACACACACUAACAAACCCUUAUGGCUGCUUGAGAAAUAACGAUAAACCCCCCCUCCCCCUUUUUUCUCUUUUCUUUCUCUGGGACUUUUGGCUUUUUUUUUUCCUCAGUAUUGUCCUGACCAGAGGUUGUUGCAAGUCUAAUUAGUUUCUCCAAGUUGAAAAGUGAAUCCACUUGCCGUGGACCGUCUCUCUGUGGCGGUCAUGGAUACCCAUAUAAGAUGGAAAGUUAAACGGAGGAUAAGGGACGCCCAAAUCACUUUAGCGGUGAUUCUGCUUUUUGUCACAUCGCGAGCAAGUUCAGCGGAACCAGCAGACCUCUUGAAGAUUUUAGAUUUUCACAGUUUACCUGAGGGUGUUACAAAAACAACGGGUUUGUGCUCACAUAGGAAAUCAACACAAGGACCCGAUGUGGCUUACAGAGUAUCCAAAGAUGCCCAGCUCAGUGCCCCUACCAAACAACUGUAUCCAGGUGAUGCUUUUCCAGAGGACUUUUCCAUCUUGGCUACAGUGAAGCCUAAGAAGGGCAGCCAGUCCUUCCUGUUGUCUGUGUACAAUGAACAAGGAAUCCAGCAGCUUGGACUGGAAGUUGGCCGUUCUCCUGUGUUCUUGUACGAGGAUCACACGGGCAAACCCACCCCUGAGGACUACCCGCUCUUUAGAGGAGUCAACCUCGCUGACGGAAAGUGGCAUCGAGUGGCCAUCAGCGUGCACAGGCAGACCAUCACCCUCAUUCUGGAUUGUAAAAAGAAGACCGCCCAGAAGCUGCUCCGAAGCCCCAACCCCAUCAUCGAUACCAAAGGAAUUAUAGUGUUUGGAACUAGAAUACUUGAUGAAGAAGUUUUUGAGGGAGACAUCCAGCAGCUAAUGAUUGUAGCAGACCAUCGUGCUGCCUAUGACUACUGUGAGCACUAUAGCCCAGAUUGUGAAGUGCCAAUCAUUGACCAGCCUCAGCAUCAAGAUCCCAACAUGAAUAUCACAGAUGAAUAUACCACAGAGGAGGACAACUACUAUUAUGAAUAUCCCUACUAUGAUGAUGUGGAUGGCAAGCCAUAUGACUCCAAGGUAACGGAUGCAGAUAGAGUAGUGACCACAGUGGAGGAAGCUGUGAGAGGUGGUUCUACUGAUGGUAAAGUGGUGACAUCAGUCUCCACAAGCUCAUCCUCUGGCUCAUCCAGCAGUUCUUCAAGCUCUUCAGGUACAGCUACAGGCGGAGGGGAUGCCUACGGGGAGGAGACCAGCCCUUAUAACAACUAUGACGACUACGGCAACUACGAGACCUACUAUGAUGAAUCUACAGCUGCCCCAGAUGGCGACACCUCCCGCCGUGUAACCAUCACCAGCGUUGGCACAGGUGGCGACAUUGACCUGGGUACCGGGGGCAAUAUAGACUUGGACGCAGGGACCGGAAUUGAAAGGAGUGUCAUCACCACUGGAGGAGGAACAAUCACCAUCAAUUCAACAUCAGUUGGAAGUUCUUAUGAUGAUUAUGGUGAUGGAUAUGAUUAUGGUGUGGACAGCCAUUAUACCACUGGUGGAGGUGGCAGCAGUAGCAGCAGUACUGUCCACAUUGGUGGAGGAGGCGGCAGCAGCAGCAGCAGCAGCAGCAGCAGCAGCAGUUCUACCGUCACCAUUGGAGGCGGUUCUACCGGAGGUGGUUCUGUAUCUGUGGGAAGUUCUUCAACCACUGGAGGUGGCUCAGCUAGCGCUGGUACCGGAACCGGUGGAUCUGUUACCUCUGAAACUGGCCUGGGUGUUGAAGGUGAUGGAGACUACACAGAUCUGGAUGAAUUCAAGGAGGUGGACAUCACUGACUAUGGUGAUGGAGACGUAUAUGGAGCCUACGAAUAUGGAGACAUAGAAAAAGUGCUGCCUGCUGAGAAAGAUGAAUAUUAUGGACAGGUCGAUGGCGCUCGUGGCGAGAAGGGACAGAAGGGAGAGCCUGCUGUUAUUGAGCCUGGAAUGUUGGUCGAGGGUCCGCCUGGGCCUGAAGGGCCAACAGGUCUCCCUGGACCUCCAGGUUCUUCUGGCCCACCGGGCAGCCCUGGAGAUUCUGGAGAGAGGGGUCCUCCUGGUCGUCCUGGUCUUCCUGGUGCUGAUGGUCUGCCGGGCCCCCCUGGAACUGUUCUGAUGCUGCCUUUCAGAUUCAGUGCUGGAGGUGACUCUGGACAGAAGGGACCUGCUGUGUCAGCACAGGAAGCCCAGAUGCAAGCCAUCAUGCAGCAAGCUAGGCUGGCGAUGCGUGGCCCUACAGGUCCAAUGGGUUUGACUGGCAGACCCGGCCUACUGGGUCCUCCUGGUGUACCAGGACUGAAGGGAGAGUCUGGAGAGGCAGGACCUCAGGGACCACGUGGACCUUUGGGGUCUGCUGGACCACCUGGAAAGCCUGGCAGACGGGGUCGUUCUGGAGCCGAUGGUGCCAGAGGCAUGCCAGGACAAUCUGGACCUAAGGGAGACAGAGGGUUUGAUGGUCUGGCUGGACUUCCGGGUGAAAAAGGACACAGAGGUGAACCAGGUCCUUCUGGACCUCCUGGUGGACCGGGAGAGGAUGGAGAGAGGGGAGAUGAUGGAGAGAUCGGACCCAGGGGACUUCCUGGUGAACCAGGGCCUCGUGGUUUGCUGGGACCAAAAGGACCUCAGGGACCUCCUGGACCCCCUGGUGUUACUGGAAUGGAUGGCCACCCUGGACCCAAAGGAAACAUCGGACCUCAAGGAGAGCCUGGACCUCCUGGACAGCAAGGAAACCCAGGUGCUCAGGGACUUCCAGGGCCACAAGGAGCUAUCGGACCCCCAGGAGAGAAGGGACCAACUGGAAAACCAGGUCUGCCAGGAAUGCCAGGAGCUGAUGGUCCACCGGGUCACCCUGGAAAGGAGGGGCCUACUGGAGAGAAAGGGCACAUGGGCCCUGCUGGCCCUCAAGGACCCAUUGGUUAUCCUGGGCCUCGAGGCGUGAAGGGAGCUGAUGGAGUGCGUGGUCUUAAAGGAAAUAAGGGAGAAAAGGGAGAAGACGGCUUCCCUGGCUUUAAGGGAGAUAUGGGUAUCAAGGGUGACAGGGGUGAAAUUGGACCAGCAGGACCAAGGGGAGAAGAUGGCCCUGAGGGGCCAAAGGGUCGGUCAGGUCUUCCAGGAGAUGCAGGCCCUAAUGGACCAACUGGUGAGAAGGGUAAACUUGGAGUUCCAGGGUUGCCAGGAUACCCCGGACGACAAGGACCAAAGGGAUCUCAGGGUUUCCAAGGUUUCCCAGGUGCAAAUGGAGAGAAAGGAACUCGGGGAACAGCAGGAAAACCUGGACCACGUGGACAAAGAGGACCAACGGGGCCUCGUGGAGAGAGAGGACCAAGAGGACCAACGGGAAAAGCUGGACCAAAGGGUAACUCAGGAAAUGAUGGCCCACCAGGACCUCCUGGAGAGAGGGGUCUGCCAGGACCUCAGGGACCAACAGGUUUCCCAGGACCAAAAGGCCCUCCUGGACCUGCAGGAAAAGAUGGACUGCCUGGACAUCCUGGACAGAGAGGAGAGACUGGCUUCCAAGGCAAGACUGGCCCUCCUGGUCCACCCGGUGUAGUUGGACCUCAGGGACCAACAGGUGAGACUGGACCAAUGGGAGAUCGGGGUCACCCUGGACCCCCAGGCCCACCUGGAGAGCAGGGUCUACCCGGAGCAGCUGGAAAAGAAGGAGCCAAGGGUGACCCUGGUCCUGCUGGCCCAGCAGGUAAGGACGGCCCUCCUGGACCAAGAGGUUUCCCUGGAGAGAGAGGUCUGCCAGGACCUGUGGGGGCUCAUGGCCUGAAAGGGAAUGAGGGUCCUCAUGGCCCACCUGGCCCUGCUGGUUCUCCUGGUGAGCGUGGUCCUGCUGGCCCUGCUGGGCCUACUGGUCUUCCUGGACGUCCUGGCCCCCAGGGUCCUCCCGGCCCUGCUGGAGAAAAGGGUGGACCAGGAGAAAAAGGACCUCAAGGACCAGCUGGAAGAGAUGGUAUUCAGGGACCUGUGGGUCUGCCAGGACCUGGAGGACCUCCUGGACCACCUGGAGAAGACGGAGACAAGGGAGAGAUUGGAGAGCCAGGCCAGAAGGGAAGCAAGGGUGACAAAGGAGAACAUGGUCCUCCUGGUCCUACUGGUCCUCAGGGACCUGUUGGAGCCCCUGGUCCUGCUGGAGCAGAUGGUGAGCCUGGUCCCAGAGGUCAGCAGGGUCUGUUUGGCCAGAAAGGAGAUGAAGGAUCAAGAGGAUUCCCGGGACCACCCGGUCCAGUUGGUCUGCAGGGGUUGCCUGGUCCUCCUGGUGAGAAAGGUGAAACUGGAGAUGUUGGUCAAAUGGGUCCACCUGGCCCACCUGGUCCCAGAGGACCCUCUGGACCACCAGGAGCUGAUGGCCCUCAGGGACCCCCUGGCGGUAUUGGAAACCCAGGAGCUGUUGGAGAAAAAGGAGAUUCUGGUGAAGCAGGAGAACCUGGUCUUCAGGGAGAAGUUGGCCCACCAGGUCCAAGAGGAGAGCGGGGAGAGAAGGGUGAGGCUGGACCAGCUGGUGCUGCUGGACCACCUGGCCCUAAAGGUCCCCCUGGAGAUGACGGUCCCAAAGGCAGCCCAGGUCCAAGCGGGUUCCCUGGUGAUCCUGGCCCCCCUGGAGAGCCUGGUCCAUCUGGGUUAGAUGGUCCACCUGGUGACAAGGGAGAUGAUGGAGAGCCUGGUCAGGCGGGUUCUCCUGGACCCACUGGAGAGUCUGGUCCCUCUGGACCACCAGGAAAGAGAGGCCCCCCUGGAGCUCCAGGACCUGAGGGAAGACAAGGAGAGAAGGGAGCCAAGGGCGAGGCUGGUUUGGAAGGUCCACAAGGAAAGACAGGUCCUGUUGGUCCUCAAGGAUCACCUGGAAAGCCUGGAUCUGAGGGUCUCAGAGGUAUCCCUGGCCCAGUUGGAGAGCAAGGUCUUCCUGGUUCCCCAGGUCCUGAUGGACCUCCUGGACCUAUGGGCCCUCCAGGUUUGCCUGGUAUGAAAGGAGACUCAGGUGUUAAAGGAGAAAAGGGCCAUCCAGGUCUCAUCGGUCUUAUCGGACCACCAGGUGAACAGGGAGAAAAGGGUGACAGAGGUCUUCCUGGUCCACCAGGAUCACAUGGUCCCAAAGGAGACAACGGUAUUGCUGGUCCUUCAGGUCCACUUGGUCCUCUUGGUCCUCCUGGAUUACCUGGUCCUCCUGGUCCUAAAGGAGCCAAAGGGUCAUCGGGUCAAACUGGACCAAAGGGAGAAACUGGCACACCUGGACCUCCCGGCCCACCAGGUCCUCCUGGCGAUGUCAUCCAUCCACUCCCCAUCCAGGCUCCCAUUAAGGGUAGAACACGAAGGAAUAUCGAUGCCAGCCAGGUGGUCGAUGACGCAGCCAUGGACGCCAACUACAAGGACUACGAUGACGGCAUGGAAGAAAUCUUUGGCUCGCUGAAUUCCCUUAAACUGGAAAUUGAGCAGAUGAAACACCCACUGGGAACACAGAGCAACCCCGCUCGUACCUGCAAGGACCUGCAGCUCUGCCACCCCGACUUCCCUGAUGGUGAGUACUGGAUUGAUCCAAACCAAGGCUGCUCUCGGGACUCCUUCAAGGUGUACUGCAACUUCACAGCAGGUGGAGAGAGCUGCAUCUACCCAGAUAAAAAGUCUGAAGGGAGCAAAAUGGCAAAAUGGCCCAAAGACUCGCCAGGCACAUGGUAUAGUCACUACAAGAGAGGUUCCCUGCUCUCUUACGUGGAUGCUGAAGGAAACCCCAUCGGCGUGGUCCAGAUGACUUUCUUGCGGCUGCUGAGCGCUGCCGCCAGACAGAACAUGACUUACAACUGCUACCAGUCAGUGGCCUGGCACGAUCAAGACCAGGACAACUACGACAAGGCCAUCCGCUUCCUGGGCUCCAACGAUGAGGAAAUGUCCUACGAUAACAACCCAUACUUGCGCGCCCUGGUCGAUGGCUGUGCGUUGAAAAAGGGCUAUGAAAAGACAGUACUUGAGAUCAACACACCAAAGGUGGAACAGGUGCCUUUUGUGGACAUCAUGUUCAACGAUUUUGGCGGUCCCACGCAGAAGUUUGGAUUUGAAGUGGGCCCUGUCUGUUUCAUCGGCUAAGACUGUUCACUGAGCAAAUGGAGAAAAAAAAGCAUAUUUUGUUUUCUCAGAAAAAAACUAUUAAAAAGUAGGACAAUUCUAUUUGUAAAAAAAAGUAACUUUUUUUUCCAUAAAGCAACAAGUAUGAGUAAAAUGAAAUCAAGUUGAGAAUACGGUGAAAUUCAAUAGGAAUAGAGGAAAACAAAAUAAGAGCAACCUUGAAACCUCAGUGUGCCUUCUCCAUCACAUGCAAGUUUUGAAACUGGAUGUCAGAUCCUGCCUCCUACACCAACCACACACACACGGACACACACAAACACACACACACCCCUAGUCCAAUGCCAUCACACUUGAAUUAGACUCAUUGUUUUGUCCCAAACAACGAAGGCGACCCUGAGAGCUGCAGCCGUUUCAGACGGUCGCAGUAUUUGCCAUGGACUCCAUCUGAUUUGGCUCUUUCUUUUCUCUGAAGUUCUGUUCUCAUGUUUUCCUUCAUCUCCCUGGCUUUCUCCACUUGUCUUUUGUUGGUUUGUUUGCUCAUUCACUACGGGAGCUUCGUUUGUGCAUAAUUGUCUUCCCAUUCUCUUGGAAUGGAUCUUAUAUAUAAAUAUAUAUAAAUAAUUUUUAUGUUUGUAAGUACAUUCUGUAUAUUUUUUUCCUGGUAAUGUUUAUUGUUUCUGGCUUCAAAACAUGCAUGUGACUUUAAUAAUUGUGAGGUAGGAGACGAUGGAUAUGGAGAUAACAUCGAAAAAUUGUAGAAAUAAUAUUGAAGUGAGGAGAUUCGACCUUGUAAAUUCCAAAAAAAACAAAAAAACAAACACAAUUGGGAAGUCCUGUCUUGUUGCAGUUGUGGAGCACACCUUGUUGUAAUUUAAGAACAGAAUGAAAAUAAAAGACGAAAUCAAGCUCUGUGAUAUUAUGUGACAGUUGAUUUGCAAACAAACAAAAGGAAAAAAAAAAAGAAUACAUUCCUCCUCUUGUGCCCUCUGAACAUUAUGCCUGUUUUGGUGGGAGUUUUAACUUAAUAAACAGCUUCAAUUUUUUUUUUUUCCUCAAGUACUCAUCUAUCUGACUAUGCAAUGGGAGAUGAUGUCACAUUGAAUGAAACACAAAGAAAUCAAAACAUAGGUGCUAUUUUCUGUCUUCUGUGGUGCUAUGUAUUUUUCUAGAUUGUAUUGUUUGAAUGAAAGGAAAUUUUAUGGUGAUAAUAUUCCGUCACCAGCCGCCCCUUGACUCUCUUAACCGCCAUCACCGCUGAUGCAGGUGGAUCUUUGCUGCAUCCAUGUUUUUGGCGGUGUUUGCAUGCCAUUUCUCUGCAUAUCCAUUUACCGGUCAGCACAGCAUGUCGGCGUUAUGUUAUCUCCUGCUUCAGCGGCCCACACAAAUAAGAGAUGUGUCCGACGCUAGUACCAAAUGUUGGGAAGUAAGAAAAAGGAAAGUGAAAUGAUGCUGAUGGCUUUGCAUAUCAAUGCUCUAAGAUGCUGCAUUUUUUUUCUUUGUUCUUUUUUUUUUUUUUUUUUUUUUAAUUUUUUUUUUUUUUUUUGGCUCUUGCUGUUUGCUGGUAUGUGCCGUGGAUGAUCAUCUGUGCUACAUCAGACCUAUGGAGAUGAGGAGUGGACAUGUUUUGAUUGGGCCAAAUCAUCCAAACGGAGAAAGGUCCGAAGUAAAAAAAAAAAGAAAAUAAUUGUUCGGUAUUUGAAACCCUAAACUCUUCCACCAAAGGUUUUCGUGUAUAUUUUUUAGUUUUACGUGCCAAAAUGGCUUGGAAUCUAUUUUUAUAUGGGGAACAAAAGUAAAAGAUUUGUACUUGUUUUCUUGAUUUUAACACAGUAGAACUCACCGAAUUAGCCAGAUGAAAAGACUUUACUCGUGCAACAUCAGACUUGCUUGUUGGCCUGUUAUUUUUGCCCUUAAUGUAAUUAUGCUCUUUGUUCAGACUAUGCACUCUCUUUGCUUAUGACCACUAGUAUCUACCAGAGGAUUUUUUUUUUUUUUACAGACCCCACUCCAUACAUAGGUUUGUUUUGUUUUCCUUUAAAAAAAAAAAAGAAAAAGAAAAAAAAAAUCUUCAAAUAUGUGACUUGAACCAUUUCUGUUAAGAUAAACUCAAUAUGCUUGUAGAUCUUUGGCUUUAUUUCUUAUUGUGAUGCAGUACGCCAAAAUUUAACACCUUUGCUCUCAAUAAAAGGAAAAGGACAAAACACAUUUUUGUAAAUUUCUAGAACCAGCAGUGAGGCUGCCAUUGUUUUGUUUGUUUUUGUUUGUUUUUGUUUUUUUGUUUUUGUAGAUUUCCGUUUUUGUCUGUCUUUGUUUGUUUCCAUGGUCUUGUCAAACCUGUGUAAGGAUAAGAGGAUAGAAGAUAUAUUGGUUUUUAUGUCAAUAAAUUCAAGUUUACUGUG